CCGCACUGUACGGACACAUGUGAUGUUGCUAUCCUCGUGUGCGCUGACUGAAUGGUGCUGAUCAGCGGGAGGACGGGAUUAGACGGGAAACAUGGCGGCCUCCGCUGUACAGUUCAAGACCAAUUAUGCUGUAGAGAAGAAAUUUGAACCAUUCUAUAAAGGAGGAAAAGUGCAGCUCAAUAAGGAUGGGACACAACUAGUUUGCAUCUGUGGUAACAAGCUGAAUGUCUUAGAGAUCUCCACCGGAGCCAUCGUCCGUUCUAUAGAACAGGAUGAUCAGGAGGACAUCACGUGUUUCGUACUCAGCCCCGACGAUGAGGUUCUGGUGACCAGCAGCCGCGCUCUCCUACUGAAACAGUGGCAGUGGCAGGAGGGCACGUGCAUCCGCACCUGGAAAGCAAUCCACAUGGCGCCAGUCUCCAGCAUGACCUUUGACUCUACCUCUACCUUGCUGGCUACAGGAGGCUGUGACAGCACCAUCAAGAUCUGGGAUGUGCUCAAGCAGUACUGCACCCACAACCUGAAGGGCUCCUCCGGCGUGGUCCAUCUGGUGCAGUUCCAUCCUGACAUGGCCCGGCUGCAGCUCUUCUCCUCCUCCAUGGACUACAAGAUCCGGAUCUGGGAUCUGAAAUCCAGCAAGUGUCUGUGCGUCUUGGAGACUCACUACAGCGCCGUCACCUCCUUGUGCUUCUCUGCGGACGGAGACACCAUGAUCAGCUCAGGCCGGGAUAAGAUCUGCGCCGUGUGGGACCUGGAGACAAAGACGCCAAAGAGGACGGUUCCCGUGUAUGAGAGUGUGGAAGUUGUGCUGCUUCUCCCCGACUCCCGCGAUCUGAUCGGCAGAGAUCAGGACACAGAGUCUCUUCUCUUUAUAACUGCUGGAAGCAAAGGAAUACUGCGGGUCUGGGACUCGGUGACGUCCAAGUGUUUAUAUGCACAGAAAUUGCCUCAUACCAGCCAGAAAUCGUCUGAAGACGAGGGGGAUGAGCACAGCCUGACCCACUGCCUGCUUCUUCCUAACCAAGAGGAGAUCCUCACAGUGAAUGCAGAACACAGCAUCAUCAUAUAUGAUCUGCACAAUCUGGAUCUGAAGAAGCAGUUUGCAGGAUAUAAUGAUGAGGUUCUGGAUGUGAAAUUCUUGGGUCCUUCCGAUUCCCAUAUUGUCGUAGCUACGAACAGUCCCCAAAUAAAAGUCUUUGAGCUGGAAACAUCGAACUGUCAGAUCCUUUAUGGUCACACGGAUACCGUUCUUGCCCUGGAUGUGUUUAAGAAAGGCCUCAUGUUUGCUAGCUGUGGCAAGGAUCGAACAGUCAGAAUAUGGAGGAUGAAUAAAAACACUGGAAAGGUGGAUUGUGUGGCCAUGGGCGGAGGGCACACCAAUGGUGUCGGGGCGAUAGCCUGUUCCAGGUUGAAAGGGUCCUUUAUUGUGAGCGGCAGUCAGGAUUUCACUUUAAAGAUCUGGACGCUUCCCGAGUCCAUCUCCAAAGCAUCGAAAGCCCAGACUCCAGCACUAGAAAGCUUAUAUGCCAGUGUAACGGAGAAGGGACACGAUAAGGAUAUUAACAGUGUUGCAGUAUCUCCCAACGACAAGCUGAUCGUCUCCGGGUCUCAGGACAAGACAGUGAAGCUGUGGUCAUCGUCCGACCUCUCUCUGGUGGGGGUCUUUAGGGGACACAAGCGAGGUGUAUGGUGUGUGCAGUUCUCACCUGUCGACCAAGUUGUAGCCACUUCAUCUGCAGAUGGGACCCUCAAACUCUGGGGUCUGCAGGACUUAAGCUGCUUGAAGACAUUCGAGGGUCACGACGCCUCUGUACUGAAGGUGAUAUUUGUGAGUCGGGGCACCCAGCUGCUGACAAGUGGUUCCGAUGGCCUGCUAAAACUUUGGACCAUCAAAACCAAUGAAUGCGUUAAGACGAUAGACGGGCACGAGGACAAAGUCUGGGGGCUUUAUGGCAACAAACAGGACAGUGCUGUGGUGACUGGGUCGGCAGAUUCCAGCAUUGUUCUAUGGAAGGACGUCACAGAGGUGGAGCUGGCAGAGGUGCAGGCAAAGGAGGAGAAGGAAAUCUUGCAGCAACAAGAAUUAUCAAAUCUUCUACACGAGAAGAGAUACCUCAAGGCUCUGGGCCUAGCCAUCUCCUUAGACCAACCUCAUACUGUACUUAAAGUCAUAAAAGCCAUCCUGCUUGAACCACAAGGUAAAGAUGAUCUGGAGAAAAAUAUUCUGAGGUUACGGCAAGACCAAAAAGAGUCCGUCCUAAGAUACUGCGGCGUCUGGAACACCAACUCGCGCAACUGUCACGAAGCGCAGUGCGUGCUGAACGUCCUGCUGACGCACGAGACGCCGGAGAGCCUGCUUCAGUACGGCAGCGUUAGGAGCAGCGUGGAGGCGCUCAUACCCUACACAGAGCGGCACAUGCAGCGGAUGGGGAGGUUACUGCAGGCGUCCAUGUUUGUGGACUACAUGUGGCAGCACAUGCGACUGACUGAUCUACCUAUGGAGAAGGACAGCGCGCCCGCCCCCACUCCUGGUCUUACCCUGUCCUUGCAAGAGAACGGCAAGGCUUGAGGACAUGACCAGACAUUCAUGGGUGGCUUGUAUAGGGUUAAAACAAAACAAAAAACAUCCUCUGCCUUGGACCCGGACACUUCAUACUCCAUUUUAUUGGUUUAAUACCUGAGUCACGUUUUGAACCCUUGGAUCUUUUUUUAGGGCCGCUGUCUGCCUCUUUGAUGUUUACCAUGAACUUAUAGGGGGGACGUACAGUCAAUGUAUUUUUUGCAUAUACAGAGAAUAUAAUACAGACAUUCUUUCGUUGGUUUUACCAUUGUCUCACAUGAUCUUUUUUGAAAAUCAACAGCAAGCGCUCCCUUGUGACUAAAUAAGAACAGGUGAGCCAAGGACCAACUUGGCUAAACGGGUUGUGCAAAUGCCAGCACAACACGUUGAAGAUCUUAACUACUUAAGGACCAAGGGCGUACCUCGGGACCGGACCAGGAUGCCUGCGGAAAUUAUUCAGAGAUUCCCCGCCCCCCAUGUUGGCAAUCGCCGGUCAAUUUACAUCGGUGAUUUGCGGCAAUUCCAGGUCAAUCAGGUCUCCGGUGACCCGGAAAAAAAAGGUGAAUGGGGCUGUCGCCCUUACCCAGCAGGCCUGGAUUAGGUCCCCUCACGAUAACACGACCGACCAAUCACUACUCUGUUGGGCGUUGAUCGGGGCCAGCAGGGGUCUCCUACCUUAGCCUGACCCGGUGGGGGUCCCCUCAGGAGCGGUGGCAGCGGUGCAGGCAGCAGAAUACAGCAGGAGGUGAGGCCUGUUUACCUCCUGCUGUUCCUUAGCAACAGCACUCAGCAUGCACAGCCAAAAAACAUUAAUUGUGAUUCAAAAUUGGUGACCCCAUUUUGGAAACUACAUCCCUCACGGAACUUAACAAGGGGUAUAGUGAGACUUAACACCCCACA